GCGACGGCCGGCGGAGCGACGUCGCUGCUCGCAGAGACCCUGGCGGAGCCCCGCUGCAGCAGAGAAGACGGUGACAAUGGCCGACAUUUCUCUGUAUCUCACGAACGUGAACGUGUCUCUGGGACGGAGCAUGGACGUGGUGCAGGACUUUGAGAGCGUGGAGCUGGGCGAGCUGGGGGAGCCGCCGCGGGAGAAGCCGCCCCGCCGCAUCAUCCACUUCUCCAGCGGGGAGACCAUGGAGGAGUUCAGCACCGACGAGGAGGAGGAGAGGCAGGACCUGCUGCCGCCCCCGGCCGAGGCAGGGAGGUCCCAGAUGACCUGGGGGCCGUUCUUCUGGUUCCACGCCUGGAGGGCGGCCACGUCCACCAUCUCAGCCUGUGACUAUCUCGGGGAACGAAUGGCCUCGCUCUUCGGCAUCACGUCGGCCAAGUAUCAGUACGCCAUCGAUGAAUACUACAGGAUAAAGAAAGAGAGGGAGGAAGAGACGGAGGAGGACCGCCUGUCGGAGGAGGCAGAGCGCUCCUUCGACCAGCAACAACCUCAGGAAGAGGAAGAGGAGGACGAGGAGGACGAGGAGGACGAGCCGGUCGCCGUGACGCACCAGCGGGACGCGGCGUCCGCUCAGGCCGAGGUGACCUAUCAGGUCGAGAAUGAAAACCACCACGCAGCUCCCAACACCAUCACAGUCCCCGCCAUCGUCACGGCAACCUAGCAACAACCUCCCCACCCGGAGAAACGGACAUUUAAUGUUUGUCAAAGAAAGGAACCCUCGUCUUCUGUUUCCCCCCGGCGGUUUGGUUCGUGUGUAACACAGCUUUCGGCGGGCAGCGCGGCCGUAUCGAGCGGCGUGGCCGGCGGGGGGGGCAACUCCGCGGGUCGCACACCAACUAACCCCCAGACUUGGCUCUGCAGGAGGGGGAACCGUGGCCCCCCCGAGCCUCCACCGGACCCAACGCCGGGCCUCCAUCACUCACACGGGUCAGGCGUGGGCCGAGGGCGGCGUCUCUCUGGGACCCGCGCGGCGGUUCGGUCCACACCUGACCCCACUGACGUCCCUGAUACGCCUGGCUGCACCAGAGAGCUGCCACCUUUAACACUUCUCCACGUUUCUGCAUCCAUAUCAGUCGUCCUCUGCACUUAACCGAUUAACGGCAGCCGUCGAACCCCCGACGCCUCGUUUCAAACGGGUUUACGUCCUCUAAUUUGCUCUUUUUAUGAUUUGCCUUAUCUACCGUGGAUCUUAAAACGAUCAGUGGUGUGUGUGUGUGUGUGUGUGUGUGUGUGUGUGUGUGUGUGUGUGUGUGUGUGUGUGUGUGUGUGUGCGCCUCUGACGAUGGCAGGAAGGAUUGUAACACUGAAGUCUUAUUUUUUAACAGUUUUUAGUACAAUUUUUUAUACAUGUAUUUAUUUAACUGCACUGACAGACGUCUUAAUUUAAGUCUUUUCUAUCAUUUUAGUAAAUAAUGUUACA